CCCCCCCUCUCCUUCCCCGCCGACCUUGAAACCUGUCUUGCAACUUCAGGGGUUUGGGGUCAGUUCAACUUUCAGCUGAUCGUCUCAUUUCGUUCUUUGCUGGUCUACUGUGAGUGUGAGACGUGUCAGGGAUAAUUCGCCAUUUUGCCAUAAUAAAUCAUGCCUAAAGAUAAGACCCAUAUCAAUAUUGUGGUCAUCGGCCACGUAGAUUCUGGAAAAUCUACCACCACAGGACAUCUCAUCUACAAAUGCGGUGGAAUCGACAAAAGAACCAUCGAAAAAUUCGAAAAGGAAGCCCAAGAGAUGGGUAAAGGUUCCUUCAAGUACGCUUGGGUUUUGGAUAAACUUAAAGCAGAACGAGAACGUGGUAUCACCAUUGACAUUACUUUGUGGAAGUUUGAAACUUCCAAAUAUUACGCCACUGUCAUCGACGCUCCUGGUCACAGGGAUUUCAUCAAGAACAUGAUCACGGGAACAUCGCAGGCUGAUGUUGCCGUACUCAUUGUAGCAGCAGGAACUGGUGAAUUUGAAGCUGGUAUUUCCAAGAACGGCCAAACCAGAGAACAUGCCUUGUUGGCGUACACUUUGGGUGUUAAGCAGAUGAUUGUGGGAGUCAACAAGAUGGACACCACUGAACCACCUUUCAGUGAAUCUCGAUUUGAAGAAAUCAAGAAAGAAGUAUCCACCUACAUUAAGAAGAUCGGAUACAACCCUACCACAGUUCCGUUUGUUCCUAUAUCAGGAUGGAACGGUGAUAACAUGUUGGAGCCCAGUUCCAACAUGCCUUGGUAUAAGGGCUGGUCCAUCGAAAAGAAGGGAACCAAAUUUGAAGGUAAAACCCUUCUCCAAGCCUUAGAUGCCAUGGAGCCACCAACUCGGCCAACGGAUAAACCUCUACGUCUACCUCUUCAAGAUGUCUACAAAAUCGGAGGAAUCGGAACUGUGCCUGUCGGAAGGGUUGAAACAGGUAUCAUCAAACCAGGAAUGGUUGUUACUUUUGCCCCAUGCAACCUUACCACUGAGGUUAAGUCCGUUGAAAUGCACCACGAAGCCUUGACCGAAGCCGUCCCAGGAGACAACGUCGGAUUCAACGUGAAGAACGUAUCCGUUAAAGAAUUGAGGAGAGGAUAUGUGGCCGGAGACAGCAAAGAUCACCCACCCAAGGCCACCGAAGAAUUUACAGCACAGGUCAUCGUAUUGAACCACCCUGGUCAGAUCUCCAAUGGAUACACCCCCGUUUUGGAUUGCCACACCGCCCACAUUGCCUGCAAGUUUAGUAAGAUCAAGGAAAAGUGUGAUAGACGUAGUGGAAAGAAAUUGGAAGAUGAGCCAAAAUUCAUCAAAUCUGGAGAUGCCGCCAUAGUCGACCUUACCCCUACUAAACCUAUGUGCGUCGAAACUUUUACUGACUUCCCACCCCUUGGAAGGUUUGCAGUUCGUGACAUGAGGCAAACUGUUGCAGUUGGUGUCAUCAAAUCUGUAAAACCCAAGGAUUUGUCUGGUGGUAAAGUCACCAAAGCUGCUGAAAAGGCCGCCAAAAAGAAGUGAACUCUGUAAAUUUUAGCUCCAAUAAAAUUAAAUCCAAUUGA